UCGCUGCUGGGUGCAGCUGGGAGAGUGUGGAAAUGGCAGCGGGAGGAUCGUACAGUAUAGUGGAGUAUUUCGGGGGAGAUGAUGGCUAUCGCUGCGGUUACUGUAAACAUGAAAAGGACAAUUUCUCACACGGUAUGUGGUCCCAUACUAUGACAGUUAAGGACUACCAAGAUCUCAUUGACAGAGGAUGGAGAAGAAGUGGCAAAUAUGUUUACAAACCUACUAUGAAUAAAACCUGCUGCCCACAGUACACCAUCAGGUGCCAUGCCUUGAACUUCCAUCCAUCAAAAACUCAUAAAAAGACCUUGAAGAGGAUGAACAAAUUCCUUUCCAAAGGAGAGAGGCCUGUUGAACAGAAUGAUGUUGGACAUGAAGGAGAGCCUAUGGACUCAGUGCAUGAAGAAGGCGUUCAACCUCCUCCUCAAGACCCUCUGAAGAUAGACCUCACUGAUGUAGAGGAUAUCUCCACCAGUCCUGACCCAGACACCGACACCAAAUCAACCACAUCAUCAACUUCCAGAGAAGACGCAGCACCUGUCCAAGCAGACAAAACCUCAAAUGAUGCACCUAAACCAGGUAAGGGAGCCGACCCCAACAGACCUCUGUGUCGAAAAGCUAAGGACUUCAGGAAAGAGCGACGACUUCAAAAAGAGCAACAGAAGCAACAAGCAACCUCGUCGAUUCCCACCCCCUCAAAAUCUGCAUCUAAUCAGCCCAAAUUGUUGGAGGAAUUCAUUUCUGAGUUCUUACCAAAUGACCCUCUCCACCGUUUAGAGGUGAGGCUAGUGCGCUCCAAUCCACCCAGUCCACAGUUCAAAGCUUCCUUUGACGCCUCUUACCAAGUGUACAAACGCUACCAGAUGGCCAUUCACAAGGAUCCACCUGAAAAAGCUACCGAGAGCCAGGUGAGGCUAGUGCCAGUCAGAUUUGAGGACCCAGUCUUCCUGGCAUCCUACAAGCAGUCAGCGGCUCUGUACGCCCGCUACCAGAUGACAGUUCACGGCGACCCUCCGUACGAGUGCGGGGAGAGCGAGUUUAAAAGGUUCCUCUGUGACUCGCCAUUAGAGGCUGAGUCAGCUCCCGAUGGUCCUGAUGUGGGCUAUGGCUCAUUCCAUCAGCAGUACUGGUUGGAUGAUAGAAUAGUUGCUGUGGGUGUUCUGGAUAUUUUGCCUUCCUGUGUGUCGUCUGUGUAUCUCUACUACCACCCUGACUUCUCCUCACUCUCACUGGGCACCUACUCUGCUCUCAGAGAGAUCGCCUUCACCAGGCAGUUACAGAAGCAGUCGCCAAAACUUGUCUAUUACUAUCUGGGUUUCUACGUCCAUUCCUGCCCCAAGAUGCGCUAUAAGGGCCAGUACCGGCCAUCAGACCUCCUGUGCCCUGAAACAUAUGUUUGGAUGCCCAUCGAGAGGUGUAUCCCUCGCCUUGACAUCUCUGCCUACUCUCGUCUUAAUGAAGAUGCCAAAGCAGGUGACGCUCAUGCUUUGAAGGAUAUGGGCAGGGCGUUAGUGCUCCACAGGCGGACGGUGAUGCCCUAUGCAGCCUACCGGAAGAGGAAGGGAUCUAACGAUGAAAAGGAAGUAGAACAGUACACCAGUCUGGUGGGCCAGACAUGUGCAGAGAGAAUUCUGCUCUACAGGGCCUAGAGUUCCUCUCUAUCUGUCUGUCUCAACAUGCAAUUGCUUGUCCUUCAGUACGCAUGUCUGUUUAUUGUCUCUCUGACUGUUUGUGUGUCUGCUUUUCCAUCUUUGUUUCUUUUCUUCCUCGUCCAGAAUACUCACUCCAUCUGCAGAUUCCUUUCUUUUUUUUGCACUGGUGUGUGUUGCUUCAUUUACCCCAUCUUUCUCACUUGGUCUGUUUGGACUUUUAUAUAUCUGGCCAACAAUGCUGCGUAAUCCCACUUGCUCACAUGCAACAAACAUAACAAAACAGGCACAUAUUUUAUAUCACAAUGUAUUCCAAAAUAUUACUAGUUUACAAGUCACUAAGCAAGAUCUUAAUGGGAUAGUUCACCCCAAAAUGGUCAUGUUGUUCCAAACUUGAAUGGGUUUCUUUCUUCCAUGGAACACUGGAAGUUUUUUAUUUUGGUUGAACUAACUCUUUAACUAUUAAUGUAUACUAAGGCAAACCAUAAUUCGGAAAAUUUCUAAUCUCUGCAUUUAAAGUGAUGCAGGCACUCUCUGUCUGGCUGUUUAUUGUUGGGUAUUUCUCGACCAAUGUUGCCCUUUUGAACCACGCGAAAAUCCUCAACUGAGCGUUUGGCAACAUCGAUCACUGCUCUGCAAAAAAACAUUCAGUGCUCCCAAUAUUGAUAUUUCUCUGAUGUAGGUCUGCAGAAGUAUCCAAACAGAUUUCCAGAGCAGCUGCUAUGUCUACAGCGAAUGCCGGGCGGUUAAAUUAAUUGAUUUUCCUGUGGAACAACUUUUAUGUUUUCUCACUUUGUCUUUAAGUUCGAGUAAUAGCUUGAGUGCAUUUUGUUUUAAUGUGUUUUAUUUCAAACAAAAUAAAAAGAAAUUAUGUACUAUAAUA